AUGGCGGAAGGAGAUCCGUCAUACAUAGACUAUGAGGCCUUCCUAGACCCAGACUUCUCACCAGCUUUAUUCGCCAAUACAUUGGUGACAAGCACAAACAACGCAACAGAUACCCCGUUGGAUUUAUCAACACCAUUGUCACGGGUACUCUUUGAUCUUCAGGAGAUCGACACACACAUCCAUGCAUUGACAACUAAAUCAGCACUCCCAUUGCUUUCACACACCCAAAGCCAAACUGCUGCUGCUGAUAAUAUCUUGAAAGAAUCAGGGACGCAGAUAGCUUCUGUGACUCAAGGGUACGAGCGCCUCCAAAAGGAGGUUGUACAGAAAUGGGAAGCAGCCGACGAAGCCCGUAUUGCUGCUGAAAACUCGCUUGAAACUGUCCGCCUAGCAAGGGCCGUCGCACGCUGUCUAACCCUGGGCCGACAGCUGGAAAGUCAGGUGUCCGAAAUUACAGGUCGAGGUGCAACAGGGCCAGCCCUCCCCGCAGGACCGGAUGGAUCAGCAUCACUGUCAACUGGAAAAGAUGGCUUCCGUGCACUGGAGCGAGCAGCUUACACAAUUUUGUACCUGCGAGAAAUGUUCUCGGCCACGACACAGGGCGAGGAGGGCUAUGGAUUGGAUCGGGUCAAGGUCACUCGUACUCUCCGCGUGGAAUUUGUCAUUCCCGCAGAGAACAUGAUCAAGUCAAGAGCGCAACAGACCAUCAAUAGAUUCUCUCUAUUCUCGAACUCGACAAGCUCCAAUAGCCAGUCAUCCAUUCCAUCUGGCUAUAAGCAAGCUCGCGAUGCCCGAGCACGACUAGCAACCGCCGCCACAACUCUCUAUCUUCUUUCGCCUCCACCAAAGGGCACAAUCACUGCAGCCGACUACAAGCCUGAACUCUUGUUGUCAACAUUACAAGGGUUCAUGCACACAGCGAUCAUGACAUCUGUAAAUUCCCUCGCCCGGGCUCUUACCCAACUCCCAACCAUGGACCGAACCCUCACCGACAUAUCCGCACGAUGCCAAGAUAUAGUCGCCCUGGAGAGCAUUCUCAGAAAUCUCCGCCCACCCUUACACCCUCUCUUGGCGUCCACCACAAUCGACGAACCGGCCGCCGAAGCCCAAACAGCAACCUCAAACAAAUCUAAUCUCCUUCAGCCACUUCUCCAGGCUUUAGACACCACAUCACUUCCUUCCUACUACUGGCGCUCCUUCGCCUCGUCUCUCGCCCCGCGAGUCCAGGAAAUCGCCAACCGAGGCGGUGUCUCGGUCCGUACAUUGCGAUCCAACCGUGAUCGACUAAGAACCGAGAUCAAAGAGUGUGUGCUUCGUGCAUCGCAAGUGUCUGCUUCCAGCCUGCUGGCCGAGAAGGGUCGGCCAGGGCCCGACAUGGUGGUGGUUGGAAACUGGGAACGAGAAGCUGCCGUGAUGGUGAGCUCAGUCGUUGGUCCUCUGGGACGGUGA